AUGUUCAUCAUCAACUGGUUCUGGGACGUUCUCGCCCAGCUCGGCCUGGCGCACAAGAACGCCAAGAUCCUCUUCCUCGGCCUCGACAACGCCGGCAAAACGACCCUGCUGCACAUGCUGAAGAAUGACCGCCUCGCCACGUUGCAGCCCACCCUCCACCCGACCUCCGAGGAGCUUGCGAUCGGCUCGGUCAAGUUCACCACCUACGAUCUCGGCGGUCACCAGCAGGCGCGCCGCCUGUGGAAGGACUACUUCCCCGAGGUCGACGGCAUCGUCUUCCUCGUCGACAGCCAGGACCACGAGCGAUUCGGCGAGUCGCGCGCCGAGCUCGACGCCCUGCUCAGCAUCGAGGAGCUCUCCAAGGUGCCCUUCCUCAUCCUCGGCAACAAGAUCGACGCUCCCGGCGCCGUGUCCGAGGAGGAGCUCCGCCAGGCGCUCGGCCUCUACCAGACCACGGGCAAGGGCAAGGUGCCGCUCAAGGACAUCCGGCCCAUUGAGAUCUUCAUGUGCUCGGUCGUCAUGAGGCAAGGAUACGGAGAGGGCUUCAGGUGGAUCUCGCAAUACAUCUGA